AUGGGAGUGAGGAGGGAAGCGAGGGAGGAAGAAGAGGGGAGAGAGAUGGGAGUGAGGAGGGAAGAGAGGGAGGAAAUUGGUGGAGAGAGAUGGGAAUUGUGCCUUGUCUCUGUCCCUCCUUCAUCCUCCCUCUCAUCCCUCCACUCCCAUCUCUCUCCUCCCUUCUUCCUCUCUCUCAUCCCUCCACUCCCAUCUCUGUCCUCCCUUCUUCCUCUCUCUCAUCCCUCCACUCCCAUCUCUCUCAUCCCUUCUUCCUCUCUCUCAUCCCUCCACUCCCAUCUCUGUCCUCCCUUCUUCCUCUCUCUCAUCCCUCCACUCCCAUCUCUGUCCUCCCCUUUUCCUCUCUCUCAUCCCUCCAAUCCCAUCUCUGUCCUCCCUUCUUCCUCUCUCUCAUCCCUCCACUCCCAUCUCUGUCCUCCCUUCUUCCUCUCUCUCAUCCCUCCACUCCCAUCUCUCUCCUCCCUUCUUCCUCUCUCUCAUCCCUCCACUCCCAUCUCUGUCCUCCCUUCUUCCUCUCUCUCAUCCCUCCACUCCCAUCUCUCUCCUCCCUUCUUCCUCUCUCUCAUCCCUCCACUCCCAUCUCUCUCCUCCCUUCUUCCUCUCUCUCAUCCCUCCACUCCCAUCUCUCUCCUCCCUUCUUCCUCUCUCUCAUCCCUCCACUCCCAUCUCUGUCCUCCCUUCUUCCUCUCUCUCAUCCCUCCACUCCCAUCUCUGUCCUCCCUUCUUCCUCUCUCUCAUCCCUCCACUCCCAUCUCUGUCCUCCCUUCUUCCUCUCUCUCAUCCCUCCACUCCCAUCUCUGUCCUCCCUUCUUCCUCUCUCUCAUCCCUCCACUCCCAUCUCUGUCCUCUCUGUCCUCGCACCCAUCCAUGCCCUGCCUUUGUCCUCCCUCUCAACCCUUCUCACUCCCAUCUCUCUCCUCCCUUUCUCCUCCCUCUCGUCUCUUGUCAGAUUGA